AUGGGUAUCGACUUUACAGUCUUCAAGGGUUCCGAAUCCGGUGAGAUCGUGGAGGCCAAGGGCCACCGCGAUGUAGGCCCGACACAAGCUCUAGUCGCACUGUCGCAUUGCGGUGUUUGUGGUACUGAUUCUCAUUACCGGCAAGCCGACCAAGGAUUGGGUCACGAAGGAGUUGGUGUUAUCAUAGAGAUUGGAAGCAUGGUUGAAAAGCUCUCAGACUUGAGGGUCGGCGACCGGGUUGGAAUGGGAUGGCUCCAAAGAACGUGCGGCUACUGUAAAUUUUGUUUGACAGGCAGGCAGUUCAAGUGUCAGAACAGCGAACAGUUUGGGACAGCAAACUUGGACCAAGGGUGCUUUGGUACAGGUGUUGCUUGGGACGUGAGCACGCUCUUCAAGAUUCCAGACGAAAUCUCGUCCGAAUCUGCAGGACCAUUGAUGUGUGGUGGUGCCACCGUUUGGGGUCCCUUAUACGAGAAUGGAUUCAAAGCAGGUGAUCGCAUCGGGAUUAUCGGGAUCGGUGGACUCGGACACUUGGCUAUUCAGUUUGUCUCGAAGAUGGGAAUGGAGGCCGUCGUCUUCUCCGGUACCGAAAGCAAGAAGGAAGAAGCAUUCCAAUUUGGCGCGAGGGAAUUCUACGCCACCAAGGGAGUCACAAAGUUCGAAGGGAUCGAGCCUGUCGACUGCUUGUUGAUCACUACUUCGGUACUACCUGAUCUCUCAUUGUAUCUACCAGUAUUGGCACCGUAUGCGAAGAUAUUCCCACUCACCAUCAGCAUGGACAAUAUUCCAGUCCCUGCUCUGCCGUUUGUCAUGUACGGCUAUUCGAUAAUCGGAUCUGGGGGAGCUCAUCCACAGUCUGUGAAGGCAAUGUUGAGAUUCGCCGCGGAACAUUCAAUCAAACCGGUCAUCGAAAAGUUCCCAUUGACACAAAGCGGCGUCACGGAUGCCAUGAAGAAGCUAGACGAGGGUAGCUUACAUCGACUUGCGACCGCACUCGGCACGCCCUGCUCCGGAACGAAGCUUGCCCGUAUAGAGGCCAUCAGUUGUGCAGCGUCUGACUCUGUAAGAGAUGGAAAUAGUAGGGGCAGUGUGUCCCACUUGAGUCUGUUAAGCAUAGAUAUGGGCAUCAGAAAUCUGGCCUUUGCGCAUCUCACGGCCCCAGUGGAAGAGGAGGUCACCCAACCGCUAAGGUAUACACAAUACCGCAAGCCAACACUACAAGCAUGGCGUCGUAUAGCAGUGGCGGAAUCACUGAACAGCACGAGUGGCCACCCAGACUCAGCGCCGGAGACCUCUUCCACAGUGACCGAAGUAGCUGAAGUGGCCAAAGAGUCAUUCGAGCCUAUUGACUACGCCAGGCAUGCGUACAAUCUUGUCAAAUACAUGCUACGGACUUACAAACCCAAUCACAUCCUGAUCGAGAGACAAAGAUUUCGGUCAGGCGGACAAUCAGCGGUUCAAGAAUGGACCCUCAGGGUUGGUGUCUUUGAAGGCAUGCUCUAUUCCGUUCUACGAACUCUAGCUGAGGAGCAUCGGCUGCAGCUGAGCAUGGAGCCAAUGCAGCCUCCCCGGGUCAACCGAUACUGGCUUGAGGGGUACCAGGGUCUGCUGGGCUCGAAGGAGAAAAAGCUGGUCGGUCGCGACGUAAAAAAGGCAAAGAUUGAUCUUGUUGGAAAUAUGCUCAGAGAUGAAAACUCAAUUUUCCGUGUUGGGAAGAGCGUUCAGCAGGAAGCAGCCGAGUUUGUAUCGCGUGUCAACAAACAUUCGAAGGACGGGCGAGCUGCUACAACUAAUAUGUCAAAGCUGGAUGAUCUGGCCGACUCGCUUUUGCAAGGAUUGGCAUGGAUCCAUUGGCGAAAUAACAGACGAUGUAUCGAAUUCCUAGGACGAGAUGCAGUUGAUAUGGAGUCUGGAUGCUUAUUGUGA